GCCCUCCGCUGCCAGUCGCUGCCAACCCAAGGGACAGCAAGGCCACCCGCGUCGUGUCCCCUUCCGGACCCGCUGGGUCUGAGCCGGUGCCCUUCCCCCAAGCGUGCCCGGCUGCGCGCAGAAUAUGGCCCUGGCGUUCUGGUUCCGGGAAUAGGAAGCGUCCUGAGACCUCUCUAGGAUUUGAUUCACGCCCACACCCUGCUCUCCGAGCCGCAUCUUACCUUUCCUGCGGGCCCCCAUCUCCCGCCCCCUUCAUGACGCCGCCACACGCCGAGUUCGGACGGCCCGGGCCCUCUCCGGACACGUGAAUGGAGCCCUGGCCUGGCCCCCUGGCCCUGGCUCCCCCGCUAAAACGGAGGGCGGCCCCGCUUGGCCUGGGGUACGCCCUCCACCCAAUUUCCCAGAGGCCCGGAAGGGGUGAAGCCCCAGAGCUUCGGGACUGCCGGCCCCGCCCCUGCGUGGCCGCGGGUCUCACCUGCAGGCUCCGCUCCUCCCCAGCCGCCCUCCCCGGCGGUCUGCCCCAGUCUCCCGGGCCCCGCUUCCUCCCUUGAUUCCCCGGGAAUGUUCACUUUCCCGGGACGGCCUGUCUGGUUUUAACAGUCGGUCCUUGGCGCUCACAAAGGACCUGGCCCGCGGUGGGUGUGCGCUACAUCUUUGGUGAACGGAGGACGGGCUGCUGGAGGUGGCUGGGCUCAGGGGACCCCUCCUCGUUGGCCCUCACCUCCAAAGGCCGGCCUCUGCCUCCCCAUCGGGGCGCGGACGUUCUGCGCGACACCGGGGGGCAGCACUUAGCCUCCCACAGCCCCGCCAGCCUCCCGCGGAGCCCUCGGCCGCCCUCCUCCCCGGGACCACGCACCACCCUCCCAACUCGGCGCCCAGCGGCUGGGGAGGGCUUAACUUUGUGGAGCCUGUGACUGAGCUUCCGUUUUUCCGAGCCCCGCCUGCGGCCAAGGGCGUGGGAGGGACUGGGCAGGGGGUGGGAACAGGGGCGAGGCCCCGGGCGGACGCUGGGGAAAGUCAGCUCUUGCGAUUCACUUAGCGCGCAGAGCGGCGGAGGCGCGCAGUGAGACCUGGGCUCCCGCGCUCCGACGGCUCCGGCAGCCCGAGGUCUUUCUCGCUCCGACGGCUCCGGCGGCCCGAGGUCCCGCCCCCACCAUGCGGCUGACAAGUGCUGGAAUGUUCCUGCUCCUGUUCAGCGCCCUGCAAGCCACAGAUGUUCAAGAGAAAGAAGUCAGGGCGCUGGUGGGCAGCGACGUGGAGCUCAGCUGCGUUUUCCCCGAAAGACACAGUUUUGAUUUAAAUGACCUUUAUGUGUACUGGCAAACCAGUGUCGUCGGCACACCGAAGACCGUGGUCACCUACUACCUCUCCGGGAACAGCUCCGCGGGCCACGAGGACAACCGCUACAGGGACAGGGCCCGGCUGUCGCUGGAGAGCAUGAAGCGGGGUGAUUUCUCUCUCCAUCUGCACAACAUCACCCCCCAGGACGAACAGAGGUUCAACUGCCUGGUGUUUAGGAAAUCCCUGGAGUUAGACAAGAUUCUGGAUGUCGUGGUGACGUUACACGUGGCAGAACCUGCCUCCCUCACCACCCAUCUCCCCCCUGCAGCCAACUACAGCAUGCCCGUGGUCAGGGCCCCAAGCGGCCCCUCCGAGAAUGAGGAGCUGACGUUCACGUGCACAUCCGUGAACGGCUACCCGAGGCCUAACGUGUACUGGAUCAACAGGACGGACAACAGCCUGCUGAACGAGACCUUGCAGAACAACACGGUCUCCUUGAAUGCACAGGGCUUGUACGACGUGGUCAGUGUCCUGACGAUCCGGUGGACCCCCGGCGUGAACGUCGGCUGCUGCAUAGAGAACGUGCUCUUGCACCAAAACCUGACGACGAUCAGCACUCAGGCAGAAACGGUCAUGGGAACGGAAUAUGGCAUCACCGAGAGCCAAGCCGAUGCCCCGAAGAAACAAGGGGCGGUCCUCAGCGCCCUCAUCGUGCUGGGCGUGGUCGUGGCCGUGGCCGUGGCUACAGGCUGGGUGUGCCGAAGCAGGUGCCCCCCACAGGAUCCACGCAGGAGCUGGGCUGCAAGGCCAGAGCAGACGUUCUCUUCGACCGUGUCUGAUGAGAACUCACCACCCGGAGCGUGGACAGGGUUUCUGUGAGAUCCCACCAGGAGGGACGGCGGAUGGCAGCUUGGGAAUUGACUCUGGCGGACCUGGUGGCCAAGAGGGGACCAUCUGCCCCCAUCGGUGCCAUUAACAAGGGGGCUUCACGGACACGGAGGCUCUCUGGCCUGGAAGGGACACGUAGGACCGUGCCUGAUCCCAGGGAGAAUGUUCCAGGUGCCGCCCGGAUCCUGGAACGAGGACCUCUCACAAGGGCCAGCAGCUCCAAACGCACAUGCCCCCAAGUGAGCGGGCUCCCCGCCUUUGCUGCCAAAUGCAGGAGGAAGGUGCCUCGUGAUGGCUCCUCCCCCCGCCCCAGCCCCCCGGAGCCCACGGAACCCUUCUCAAUCCCAAAAACGCGUGGGGGUUUGGGGGGAUGGGGGCUUUCUGAGACCAGAGGAAGGGCGGCUUCUUUAGGAAGGAGUGAGGCGAGCUGGGUCUCCUCCAGGACCUCUCCUGCUGGCUGGAGGUCACUCAGGGCUGUUGUGAGAGGCGCACGUGCGGGGCCCCCUCCCCUCCUGCACUCUGAGCUGCGUGUGCUUGUGUGUGUGUGUGAGUACGUGUGUCUGUGCAUGUGUGAGCGUGUCCAGAAUGCAGGAACCGGUCAACACCGGAAGGUCCCUGGGAGCUCCUUUUCCUCUGGGAUCUUCACCGGGGAGAAAACCUGACCUCGUUUGUUUUAGUCGAAAGCUGGAUGUCCCUCCUAAAAAGGCACAGUGGAGUUUUUUCAAGAAGACGAUGUGCUGCUGGGGCCGUCGUGACAGAAGCAGGGGAAAGAGCAGAACACAGACACUUGCUCAGGCAGGACUGGGGACCCGUGUUUCCAGUGGACACGGGCUUCACCGCGUGGCCAUCGAGGUCCUUCAACUUGGUGCCGUGACGUGCACGGAGGGGGCGCUUUCCCCGCAGAGUGGCAGCCGUUCAAAAUGUGGCACUAAUUCCAUGCCACCCUCCGCACCUGUCCCCCCCGGCUUCCCCCGGGACCUGCACGGCUGCCGUGGAGCCCACGAGGCCCAGCAGGGGACAGGAGAGGCGCGGUGGCCCAAGUCCACCCAGGGGUGUGCGGCCCAUGGCCUCGACCCUCGCCGCGUGGCUUCCAUGUUGUUGCCCCCACUGAAUCUAGCAGCUGACGUUUCUGGAAGGUUCUGCACAGCCGGCUGCCCACUAAUCCUGGUGUGCAUGCCCCCGGGAAAGGCGGUGUCCCGCCUGCGGUCAUUCGGCACUGGUGGCGGGCGUGAUGGCAAAAACAGGGACCAGGCUCAGUGGAAUGCUGAGCCCAAUCCGUUGCAAGAAGUGUUCUCUGUGUUUGUACCCAAAACUCCUUGCCUGGCUGUCACGGCGUGCCGCGGACUGCACCCAGACUUUACCCGGAAGCAUCAGGAGAGGCGUGUUCCCAAAGGGGGACGAGAAGGUCGCCGACUGGCAUCCGGAGCAAAAAGCAGAAGGACCAUUUGGGUGCAGGCAGGGGCUGUGGAGCCCGCCUAUGGCCUCGGGCAGGGGUGCCGGCACAGCCGCCCUCCCCGGGGCCCCCCGAGUCUAGGCUGAGGGUCCCGCACCUCCUGCAGCCCGCCCGUCCACAGCAGACCCUGGUCACUGGGCGCCCACCCAGACGGGACGGAACGGGGUCUGUUUCCAGCGCUCCCCUGUCCGAGCGGGCUUCUCCCUGGGGGGGGGGCAGCUGCCCAGACCCCCAGCCGCUCUCCCACCACUGCCUGUUUGUGGGUGUGCCUGGACCCGGGGCUCCCAAGGGAUGCCAGCAGGGCCCCCCCCACUCCCUCGGGCCUGGGAGGGUGCACAGUGACCCCUUGCCCUUCGGCCUGGACGUCACUGUCCACUCCUUACGCUGCACUGUGGACAGGCCGAAGGCCAGCGUUUUUACGUCUGUUUCUGGAAACCUGAUUUAUAAGAAUAACAAGAGGGAAAGU